CGAAUUCCAAAUUUAUUUGAUUUGAUUGGAUUACUUAUAACUUGGAAAUAGUAAGUUAUUUGUACAGCUUUAAUUGACAGUCUGGACAACAUCUUCAGUGCCUAUUUUAUGUAGAAACAGGUGAUGAAUAAAACGUCAUUAAAUCAAGCCCAAAUAGUGUACGACCGAACACCUGAAUUCAAAAUUCCAAACAACAUUUUUCCUAUGUAUUCAACUCCGCUCCACUCAUCGAAUUCAGUUAAAUGCAGUGAACUCUGCCAGUACGACAUACCAAACAUAUCACUUAAUUUGGCUACUUUAUCGCUAGAAGACUAUGACAAAACUCCAACAACUGAUAUCUCAACAAUGAGAAAUCGAUAUUCUCGGAAAAGCUUACUUUGCGAAUUACCGGUCUCCGAUUGUUCACAUAGAACGAAUUCGUAUGUGGAAUGGUGUCACCAUGAUUUUACUAAUGAUGAUCAUUGGCGGAUUGUACGCUAUUAUUUUGUUGAAUCUAAACAUUUACAAAUGAAUAGAAAGGUUUAUUUAGAUGAUGGAGUGAAUCAUUCCACCAGGUUAUAUCGUAUUUAUAUUGAUGAAAACGGCAAUAAAUAUUCAUUUUUUUAAUCAGUUGUAUUAUUUUCGAACAAUUAAUUUGUAUAAAAUUUGAUGGUAGUUUUAUUUCAAACAUUAUUUAUCACAUAACUAAUGUAUUUUCGAAAUGGCUUUUAUGAAAUAAACACUCUAAAC